AUGGGAGAGCAUGAGAUAAGAAGGAAACGCUUACUUAGAAGAAAGAAGGAGGUCUCUAGAGAAUCGAUAAAGGCUGGGGGGUGUAAGAUGGAAAAAGAACAGGACCAUGGCAAGGUAGUUUUGAUUGGAAGAUGGUUGGAGAAGUUGAAAGAGCUUGGGCUGAAUGGAGAGGAGAACGUUAUUACAAGAAAGAAAGAUGCUGACGAGGAAGCUAGAGUUUCUGAAAAGGAUAGGGAGGAAACAACGGAGGAUAAAGGUGGCCUGAAUGAGGAGAGGAAGGAAAAGAUUCGGCAGUUUGGAGGUGUAUCACAUUUGGAAUUCAAAGGAUUAAGUUUAAACUUCCAUCUUUAUCUUCCGAAAUCUCUCCAAAAGCUGUCUCGGAUAUUCCGAGUCUUAGAGACGAUUCAACGUUUUAAUAGUGCAAGAAACUUAACAACGAUUUUCAUAAAGUCUCUAGGAUGCAUAGAAAAUCUUGUCAAACAGCGAGUAGUUGUUGGGGAUAUUGAGAGAAUGUAUUACAUAGCACCAGAUCUUUUCAGGUUCAAAAAAAUAAGUAUUCAUCACGACGGAAAGGAGGUUGAUACUUUUGUUAUUUAUGUUAGUGGAGAAACAAAGGAAUUCAAUGAGAGGCUUGAGGAAUAUGUCAAGAAGUGCCAUCUAGAGUUUCUCAACGAAAAUGGAUAUGUUUAUAAUGGAAAUAGGUUCCACCCUGAAUUUAAUUUCGAAGAGGUGCCUCUGCCCCGAAAACCUUUAUUUCCUGAGGAUAUCAAGGAAGAGACCAUAGAAAAGGAGGUUUGUGUUCCAACGAAAAGAAAUGUAGAUAUCGUAGAAUCAGCCAAGAAGAGGGCAUCCACAAUACUAGAAAGGAUAAGAGAGAAGGAAAGACUAAGAAGGGAGGAAUUUAUGAAUAAGUCCAAGGAAGAGGAGGAUAAUGUGCUGCUGAGUAACAGAAUAAAGAUGUUACUUAGGUCUGAGAACAGGCGCGCAAUCCCGGUUAACAAGGUGGUAGAUUUGUUGAAGAUAUUUGAUGGCGUAAAUACAAUUAAUAGGAUUAUAAAAUGGGAUUCCUCCCUGUUUUACAUAAGAAACAUGAGGGGAGUAGAAUACCUUGUUUCAAAGGAGUAG